CAAACUGUCAAAUAACGCACAAAAAGUUAUUCUUCGUCAGAUUCAGUUAUAUCAAAAAUAACGUUGUGAUUUAAACAAUUGUUAUAGAAUUCUACCCCAUAAUGGAUGGAGAACCAGAUUGGGACGAUGUCACAACACUUUUAAAGGAAUUUGAAGGUGUACAUUACAAAAAUUCAACUAAUAUUCAAAAAAUUCUUAGGUAUAAAACACAACAAUGUAACAUAGAAAACGAAUUGGAAUCUAUUUAUAAUUUAACUGAAUCUCAUAGCCUAGCUUUAAGAAUCAACACUACAGUAAAAUGGGAAAAGAAUGAAAAAAAUCAAAGUUUACUGGAUAAUGUUAUGGUGAAAUGUUCAAAUUCAAAUAUUGAUAAAAAUAUUAAUGAGUUAAUCAAUAAGCUUAAAGUUUUACCCAAAGAAUGGACACUGGUUCAACUUACCAGUGAAUUUGAAGCCGAUGAUAAUUUAAACUUUAAAUGUGAUAAAUAUAACACCCCAGGAAUUCAUAUAUCUGUGUUUACUUGUGGCAAAAGGUACUCUACACCAUUUAUGGUCUCAGUUGAUCAUCCAAAGGAUCCAGUUAACGGAAGCAAACUGGAAUUGUUAAAUGAAAUUCACUGCUUUUUAAGGCAGAGAAAAGAACUGUUGAAAGAAAAGGCUUGUAAAAAAAAUAUUCAUAGGUUUAUAGCUCAACGUUCUGCUGCACAGGAUAAACUACAGAGUAUUAUUUUGGAUACUCAGAAUUUGUGGUUAAGAGAAUGGAGGUGUUUACUUGUUGGAAAUUUGGUAGAUGAAAAUGUUGAAAAUAAUGUUUUAGCUGAAAUAGAAGGGUUUUUAAAUAAAAACCCACCAGAUGAAACCAUUACAGAGAAAACAAUGCAAAUUUUAUUAUCAGCAGUUAAAAGUGCAGGUUACUUAAAAAAUAACGAAUUAAAAAGGAUAAUGCAGCAUUUGUUUUCUAAUGCAGAUUUAAUAAAAAAAUCUGCACAGUUUAUUAAAACUCUAUCUUCAAAGUUUGACAUAAAAAAUCUCCAAAAAAAUUCUGUUAUUCUUAUAGUGGAUGAUGCUUUAGAUAUAAUUCCAUGGGAACUGGUUGAUACUUUAAGCAAUGAACCAGUAUCCAGACUACCUUCCUUACAUUUCGUUUUUUCUUUAUUUGACGAGCACAAAGACGACAUCAAGGAUGGUUUUAAAAUAAUAACAGAAUACAAAAAAGGGUUGUACAUUGUCAACCCAGAUGAAGACCUUAAAAACAUGGAAAUAAGAAUCAUGAACUUUUUUACCUACUGGUGCCCGGAAUGGACUGGAAUUGCUGGGUACAAACCUUCUGAUGAGGAAUUCUAUGAGCACCUGACCAGUUCAGAUAUAUUUUCAUACAAUGGUCAUGGUAGUGGAAGCCAACACAUGACCACAGAAAGAAUACAAAAUGUUCAUGUAAAGGCUAUAGUUUUGUUAUUUGGAUGUUCCAGUACUAAAAUUGAGAGAUUGGGCUCACAAUUAGGCUACCAUGCAAAAUAUUACAACUAUUUAAUGGCUAGAUGUCCAAGUGUUGUUGGAAUGCUAUGGGAAGUAAUGGAUAUAGACACAGAUGUCAUAACCACAGAAUUUUUAAGCCAGUGGAUACCGUCAGAUGCCCCAAUUCACUGGAAACAUGUUAAUAAAACCAAGUGGAAAAAAGCUGAGCAAGAAAUAAAAUUUUCCCUAGAUGAGACCCUUGUGACAGGAUGUGUAAGUUUGGAACCUGAGCUAUUAAGGGCUUUGUGUCUGGCAAAAAAAGAAGUGCAACAGCUUAUUACUAAGGCAGCGUGUGUAGUUAGGGGUAUACCUGUUAAAAUUGAAGUAAAAUAGUUUAAAUUAAUAAAGUG